AUGGAGCUCCCAGCAGGCGUCAAUCGCAGAUAUGCAUCCAUUGCCAUCUUCCUUCUGGCAUCAGUCUGGAUCUGGGUAGCCUUCGACCGUCCCUACACAUUUCCGACCCAUAUUCCGUGGAACAUCUACUCGAACGCGCCACAGACCGAUCGGCCGAGCGAUGUCUUCGAUUACCCUCCUCUGCACUCUCCCUCUCUCAAGAAGCUGUGCGCGGAAACGUCAUGGAAUGCCAGCGUACUGUUUACCUGCCAGGAACCGACAGGUAGUUUCGCAGAGGCGCGUAAUUCCCUGCUGGGUUGCGUGAGGUUGGCAGUUGCUGCUGGGGGGAGUUUGGUCGUGCCGAGGAUUAUGGUGAGGGAUGGCUCUGGGAAUUCUUCAACAAAUUCGACAGACAUGGGGUACAUGUUCGACACGGAACAUUUCGUCGCUUCGCUGGAGCUGUCCUGCCCACAGAUGGCCAUCCAUCAGACUGAGUUUGGGAUCGCGGAUGGCGGGGAUGGUAAAGGAACCGUAAACCUACAACCAGAAAGCAUCCUCAAUCUUGUGGAUUCAGCUGAACACUCUGGGGAGAAUUGGAGACCAACAUUCUACAAAUGGCUUCCGAAGGUGGCUGCCGAGCCUAGCAGACCGAUCAUUGUACGACUGGGCGACUGCUAUCUCAAAUAUCCGAUAGCAAAGGAUGGAGAAGCGUUCCGGCAGCAUUUUGGCAAGAUACUGAAAAUACGUGCUGAUGUGCGAAGGUUCGCAACUACGAUUCUACAAAAUCUCUCUGAGAUGUACGAUGAACCACUCAAUCUGAAGGACCUUAUGCUCCAGAACAUUCUACUGGGCGUGUAUCUCAGCACCGAGGUAAAUAUGGACAGUCUAUCAGAAGAAGACCGAGGUAAUGCCAACUACGAGGCACAGUCAAAGCUUUUCCUCGGGCAUGCCAUGCGCAAAAAUAUCUCACUCCUUUAUGUGGCUUCUUCUCAUAAACCCGAGACUUCACGAUUCACGCUUGAUGCCAAUGCCGACGAAAUCGUUGCAACCUCCAAGCUUAACCUGCUCAAGGGUAAAGACUUGGAAGACCUACUGAGCCUGACAAUAGACCAACAAGCCAUGGUUGAUUUCCUGGUUAUGACCAAGGUCUCGGAAUUUAUCGGUAUGGGUUAUGACAGCUUCGCUUGGAGUGUUGCAUUGAGGAGACAUGAGUAUCUCAAGAAGGGGACGGGGACGGCAUGGAUGAGCGGACAUUACGUUGCGAAGGAUCCUUUUAGUACACUUAUUGGAGCUACUGGUGGCCACCAGGAGUUUGCAAGUUCAAUGUGGCCUUGA